GGAGGCUACCAUAGCUGGCUGGCAGUUAGACAAACGGUGCUUAAAUGUGUGGACUGCUGGUAUAAGCGAAAAACUGCAUAUUAAAUGAUCCAUGUUUCGCCAAAACUUUUUAAUCCUUACACUGAACAGCGGCGUAAUAGUCGAGCGCGCAGUCUCUGUGACAGCUCUUGUUUACUAGAGAAGUAAAACAGGUAUUGAAUAAGAUCUAAUGGCAAAACAAUGGCCUCUUAUCGAGAAUUUUUAAAGGAGAAGGACGCGCAGAACUGGAUAAAGGCCGCCCUCGCCCUCAAAAUCACCAAGGACGGAUUACAAGAUUUUCUGGAGGACGUUCUGACAUGCGUUCACCAGGACAUCUAUAGCACUGUUAGAACAUCCAAGGGUCUUCCAUCCAGGGCAGCAUGUGCACAUUGUUUCACAGAAAACGUGUUGAAGUGCCCAACUCGUGGGAUAUGCACCAGUACUAGAAACUGUAGAUUUCAUAACUGUCCUCAAAAACUGUAUGCUCCUUGUCCAAAUGGGAUUUGUGAAGGCGUCCGUGAUGAAAUAGUCAAACAUCACAGGUUUUCGGGACCAUCAUGGAAGAAUACGAACGCCGACAAAUGGAGCACCAUUCCCUGGGAGAUAGGCAAGUGUUUCCUGCCCCCUGAUGGCUACAAGACCGUGUCCUCCAUCAAAGACAGUGACUUUAACGGAGUGAUCAGCGUCAUGAUGAAUUGCGAGGAUUUCCAGAACAAACUGUCGUUUAACGUUGCGACACAGCAAAAUUUAUUAACAGAGGUUCGGGACAUUGGUCGACGCGUACGCCUAUCCAAUGACCAGAGGGUCAAGGACACACAACUAGUGUACUUGCUGUUCAAGCUACGCACCCUGCUGGAGGAUAAGACUGAACUAAUAAACCAACCCGAGGCACAACGCGCUGUGGAACAGCUUAAGAAGCUGGAAUUAGACGAUUUUAAGAUCAGUGCUGAGAACAAAGGGGAGAUAUUGAAGGAAGAAGUUGAUAAUCAGAUACCAACGGAAGCUAACAGAUUGGAUGAAAACAAACUUGGCAUGAUUGUUAAAGCUUUAGGAGAGGGCCAUGAAGAAGUACAAAGAAUUCGAGCAAUGGUUGUUGGCAUGUUUUCUGUUGGAAAAACUUCCCUUGUCAAUAACCUCAUUGACACUUCAAAGAAUAUUAGACCACCACAUGAUAAUAUUGAACAAUAUCCACAAAGUACUGUGGGCAUUGAUGUACAUUUGUGUAAGAUUGAAAAUGAAAAGUGGAAAAAGCUGGCCUUUAUGCCUAAACGAAAUAUUAGACGUAGGAUUGAAAAUAGUAUUGAAAAGCAAGAAGAAACGCAGGAGGAAACGAUGGAUGUUCUUUCUCCUGGCAAUGUUCCAGAUCACAUUGAGAAGGUGAAGAAAUAUAUUGAACAAGAUGACAUAGAAUACAGAAAAGAAAUUGCUAAAAUUGCUCAUACCACAGCUCAUGAAGGAAUUAAAGCAGAAACAGACACCCAUGAAAACCCACCACUUGUUUCAGUAUGGGACUUUGCGGGGCAGAAUUUGUAUUAUUCAACUCACCACUUUUUCUUCAACAAGCGGUCAAUUUACCUUUUGGUUAUGAAUAUGACAAAAGAGUUAGAUGAUGUUGUUGAAGAAAGUAAAUCAGUGGCUGGUCUGGUUCAUGAACACUUCACCUCCCUGGAUAUAUUUAAAUUCUGGCUGAACUCAAUCAAUAUGUACAGCUCAAUCCGUGAUCAAGAACAAGAAUGUAAACCAACCGUGAUCUUGAUAGGCACUCACAGAGAUCAAAUGAAAGGCUCAGAAGAACAUAAAGAAGAUAGAAUGCAUGCCUUCUUUAAUAAAGCCUUGAAUCACUUUCCUGACAGCAGUAUUUUGAGGCAUGUUCAUUGUACAAAAUUUCUCGUGAACAAUCUAGAUGCAAAAAAUCCAGUUUUUGAUGAAAUUAGAAAUGAAGUCAAAAAGCUUGCUGAAGUCCAGCCGUAUUGGAAUGAAAAGUAUCCCCUAAAAUGGAUACAGCUUGAGAAAACCUUUGAGCAAAUGAGGGAGCAAGGAAAAGUAAUAGUAAAGUUGCGUGAUGUUGAAGCUGCGAACGGAGAGAAUCCAGAGCCUUUGGGCGGUGAUGAGCUGCAGUUGUUCUUGGAAAUGCAGCACAUGUAUGGGAACAUCCUUUACUUUGACUCAGAGGAAUUGAAAAACCAUGUGAUGUUGUCCCCAGAAUGGACCAUUGAAGCCUUCAAAUGCUUCAUCAGCCACAAAGAGAAACAUGUUCCACCAACGCUCGUUAAUGAGUGGGAAAGGUACAAAGAGUCUGCCAUAUUGGAACCGCAAUUGCUUAAAACAAUUUUGGAACACAGUGAUCCACAGAUCAAAGAAAAUGCUGAUGUUGUUGUUGAAUACAUGAAACACUUGGACAUUAUGGCCAAGCCAAUACAUUUAGAAGAUUACGAAGAACAGUAUGAAGAAGGACAAAAUGAUCACAACGGCUCUGUGGAUCCAAAUUACAGAGGUUCGAUUUGUACACCUCUCCAUUCAUGUUCAAACUUUCAUAUAUUGCCUUGCCUGCUCAACGCAAAGCCCGAAGGUAAUUUGGAAGAAAUGAAAAAUCCACCAAAUUGGCAUAACACAAAAGCAGUCUGUUUUGUUUUCAAAAACAAUUUUAUGCCUAGAUCUAUUUUUCACAGGCUACUGGCUGCUUGCAUUAGGAAUUGGGAAAUUGCAAAAUUGAAAGGGAAAAGACUGCUAUACAACGGAUUUGGAGUGUUUAAAGUAAAGCAGGCCCAGCUCAGAAUUUGGUACGAUGACCACAUCAUAUAUGCAAGGAUGUCAUUUAUGUCUAAGCAUAAGCACAAGAGGCAAGCAAUAGAUCCUGGUGUUUGUGGGGAUGUCAGACGUACUUUGUACAUGAACUUAAUGGCAAUCGUUAGCCAUUUGCCAAGAUCAAAUGACUUCACGAAGACAACACCAUUUGAAGAAUAUGUCCAGUGUCCUAAAUUGAAUAAACAUAAUUGUGGACUUUUCAGAGUGAACGAUCUUCUUCAAGAUGUAGAACUGAUCUGUGGUGAUGAUCAUGAAGAAAAUAUCCAGCACCAUACAAUGCAAAUUGACAAAUAUUGGUACAGCGAUAUUCUAACGAAAAUGAAAAAGGAGGAAACGACAUUCGAAGGUGUAAGUUUAGAUAUUGUUCCAACUAAUCAACACUUGAAUAAGAUUGCAUUAUGCUUGAGAAAAAACAAAGAGAUUUGGCUACUAGGCAUCGAGCUUGGAUUAAGGCAAGUUGAUAUGGAACGAAUAAGAAAAGACAACCCUGAUUCAAAAGUGGAAUUUAUAUUCCAUGUGCUCUCUGAAUGGAGACAAAAGAAGAAUGAAACACUCAAGAAACUGAAGCAGGCUUUUGGCGCUGUGAUGAAAAAUUCACCAGGAGACAUCUUUGAAAUGUUUGCAGCCCUUAAGGAGUAGACAAAAGGAUUACGACUACGUUUGGCAAACCAUUACCGAACCACUUUGGCCGACAUGCCGAUAUCUCCCAUUCUUGGAGAAAAGAACGCCAAACUCUGGAAAUUUUACGUGGCACCGAAAUUUUCAGAUGUUUUCUUAAAAAAAGAUCAGUUGCUCAGAAAUGUUUUCCUUGUUGAACAACCGGGCAAUGGCAAAUUCACAUUCUCCGUAAUGUGUGCCCUGGAUUGGACUCACCAAUAUUUACCAGCGGAGGAAAACGUCGGUAUUAAAACAAGCUUUGCCGACCCAGAAUUCUUCAAAGAGUUUGCAUUUUUGUUUCAUGUCACCCUACGAGAUUCAGGUAAAACGUGUGAUCUAGAAGAAAUGAUCAAGGAUCAACUUAUACGUAAAAGGAUGCCGAUGAUAGCGUCCGGCUAUUGCAGACGGUGCUGGAAAGUGAAACAUGUUUAAUCAUAGCUGACGGCCUCGACGAAUGGACCCAUCCGGAAAACGUAAACUGUACCUGCAAAACUGAGGAAAAAGUCAUUCCUUUCCGAAAUUCGGCCAACAAGGCCACACUCCUCACGACAACGCGUCCAUGGCGACUGUCACAGUUUAGAAUGCAGGAUUCAAAGGAUUCAGACACAAGGCAGCUCGUGGAAAAUAUUAUCAACAUUCUUAAUGGGGGAAAUGAGGAUGAACGAACAACAUGGGCUUUCAUGGAAAUGGCGUCAGAGAAGGAUCUUGUUGGCGCCGCACUGAAGUGGGCGCCUAUUAUGGAAUGGGAAUUUAUUUUAGUUAGUGGUAGGAGCGGUUUUUAAGUUGGUUGACAGUUGGGUUUUACUGUUAUUUUAUUAUGAUUAAAAAAUGCAAAUGGUUGGCGAUUGCAUAGGUGUUAAAAAUGCUAUUUAUGGUUGAAUAAAUAGUCAUCAAUUUAUCUUUAAACAUUAUUUCGGAAGAACGACAAAUAAGUUUAAUAACUGUUCCCAAUUCGUUUACGUUUUCCGAUUGGUUACAUUUUGUACCUGAAAUAUCAUGUGCCGGAAAUGUAUAAUGUGUGGACCGGUAAUUAUGUGAAUGGGAAUUUUUAUGUUUUAUGUUGUUUUGUUAUGUUUACUGCAUUGAUAAACCAUGAGGUAAUCUGUUUUCUUUAAUUUAAUCGAUAUUGGAAUUAAAUAUUCACCUAACUUUAUUUGUUAAUGUGUUGAAGGUGACAUUAGUUAAAUUUUAUUACGAUUGUCCCCGAGUUGUAACACAUACCGGAUGUUGCUAUUUUUAGAACCAGAAGGUAUUUCCCGGCCCGCUAUUCAUAGGUCAAUAAUGGAAUUUCUACAUCGUAGUACUAGUAGUUGGAAACUCGGGUGAUGAUUUUUUCAUGAAUAUACGUUUAAAAUAAGUAAACAAUAAAAGUGCACACUGACAGUUGAUUACGAUACACCUAACAAUUUGAGUCAUUACAGUAAAACAUGGAUUAUAAGUGAAUUAUACGCGUAAGAAAAGAUUUUCUGUCGAAAAAACGAAUGUCAACAAUCAGCAUGGAACUGGGAUAUUCGUACCGAAGGGCUAUGUAUGUAAGUAUCCUUGAAUAGUGUUGUACGUUGAUGUGUUCAAAAAUGUUUGUUUUUUAAUUUAUCUUUGGAAUUCUUAAAUCAUUUUUAUUUGGUAAAUGUUAAGACAGCGUGUUAACAUUUUUACAUACAUGUACUAUAAAUAUGCAUGUUACAUACUACAUCUACUUAUACACCAGUCAAUUGUACCCCCCCCCCCCCAGGUCGGGGGUAUAC